CCAAGUAUGAAUGCCAACCUUCUCAAGUUUUCUAUACAGAGUAUACUCUCAGCAAGGGAGGCUGUGAAGAGGCUGGAGGUUGCUGAUGAUCACGAGGAUAUAGAGGAUCGAGAUCAAGAGAACGAACUGAGGAUUGCCAGACCUCUAGUCACAAAUUGGAACGGUACACCGUAUUCUCCUUAUGGAAACUUGUUUGAUAGUCGACCCUUCCUACUUUCUAGUUUAUACAGUAGUCUUCAUCCUUCUAUACCUCAUCAAGACAGAAACCGGUUGGAUCUUCCGUUAGUUCAGAGAAUUGUUGGAUUAGGAGGAGUGCAUUCUUUACAAUCUCCAAGACCUGCCUAUAUGGGCGGGCUUCCCCGCCCCCUCCCUUCUUUACAUCAGGAAAAGGACCGAAAGGAGGAUAUGUCUGAUGAUGAUGAUGAUAAAGGAGAUGAUGAUGAGAGGAGAAGGAAAAAGAAAACUAGAACAGUAUUCUCCAGAAGUCAAGUUUUCCAGCUGGAGUCCACCUUUGAUAUUAAACGAUAUCUGUCAAGUUCUGAGAGAGCUAGUCUUGCUUCCUCUCUUCAUCUUACUGAAACUCAGGUUAAAAUCUGGUUCCAAAACCGUAGAAACAAAUGGAAAAGGCAACUUGCUGCUGAUAUGGAGGCAGCCAACCUUGCCGGAGCAAGUAGAAGCCUCCCUCCUCACCCGGUUCCUCUCUUCUUGCAAUCCCAUCAUAUUAAACAGAUUGGAAGUUCAGAUUCUGGAUUCCUCCGAUCCUCUUCUCCCUCCUCCAUCAGCUCCCUUCCUCACCUUCCCUCACACCCAUCCCUGACCCCCUCGCAGGCAGCUUCCCUCGUAUUCCCUCCCUCAAGCCACUCUAUUUCUACCUCAAUGCAAGGUGGGUCUCUGCAUUUUGUUUGAAUUAACAGGAUCGAAGAAGUGUCGACAAUUUAAAUUCAAGAAACUUCAAGAAAACUGAAACUAAAAAUUAAACAAAUCUUUUAGAUUUUUUUGUUUCUGAAAUAAACACCAAAACAGUCAACUUGAAAAUACUUUGCUUAUAUCCUCAAAAAGAGAUAACCUAAAUCAAACUGAUGGAUUGUCGACUGCGCUCUCUCUAAAAAUAGCUAGUCAAAAAUUAAAAAAUAAAAAUCCUUGGCAGCCUUUUGAAUUGAAAGAAAAUGCAACAAUUAUGUGCUGUUUUUUGGUUAUCACUGUACUAACAUUAUCUAUAAAAAUAAUUAGGAUUGAUACUGAA